AUGGAAGAGAUGGAGUCAAGGUACCACUCUAUGACGUGUCAGGCAAAGUCAAUGUAUCAGCUGACUUGUGUCUGUGGUCAUGACGCGAACAGCCAUUCGCAGAAGCAAGCUGCACCUUCGGCCCAAGAGCAAGGCCAAGAAGGCCCUAUCGGCGUCCUCACGGACGCAGAGGAUGCUGGUAUGUGGAACGUUCUCCAAGGAGUUUGGAUACGAAAAGAUGGAGAGGAUCCUGCGACGCAGCAGGUCAAGAAGGCCAAGCGGAAGGAGCCCAUCCACUGCACCGCCCAGCGCUGGCGCGGGCCAAGCGGAGGACUGUGGGCUCAGCUGGAUGCUGCGAAGCACAGCCCUGGCUGGGUGCUCAUUGAAGGGCUGUUCCUGCGGCUUGUAGUGAUUGUAGUCGUGGUUGAGAUUGACGUCAUGCUCCACCAAUCCAGACCUUGGCCCUGGAUUUGGGUUGCAGGGGCCGCUGCUGCAGCGUGCGACCGGUGCCUCGGGCCUGUCACGCGCAAGAGCCUCCAAGAUCAUCUCGUAAGCCCAGAAGCGGUGCUCAGCUCAGAGUGGUUGCUGGCGUCUACGCUGACUGUACAGGUGUCCCGCUGUGCCGCUCGUCGCUGCCAGUGCAGUGAGCAUAGCAGCUCUGAGGCCCUGCACGUGGGUGUCUUCCCGGAGGGGGGGGCCUGCAUCUACAGUCUGGAUGGGGACUUCCGUAAGUUUUGCGAGAUGUGGGGUUCAAUCGGUGCUGUGAGCCUCAACUUCACUAUCGAGGGCAACACAGCCAGGCAUCCGGAGUUCGAGGACGACCUCACUGUAUGGAUGUUUGAUGAGGAGGUACAGCAUAAGGGCGUGAAGCGCAAGCUCUCCGAAGUCUUCAACGAGACGAAGGAGAACGUCAAGUACCUCCCGGGCAUCACGCUACCCUCGCACGUCAAGGCGGAGCCCGACUUGCAGAAGGCAGUGAUGUACGCAGACGUCCUGAUCUGGGUGUUGCCACACCAGUUUGUCGCCAGGACCGUUCAGAAUAUGGGCAAGAUCAAGGACACUUGUGUCUCUGUCAGCCUCAUCAAGGGCGGCCUCGAGCUCGAGGGCGGUAAACUAGGUCUAUGCUCCGACCUGCUGCGGAAACUCCUAGGCCACGAGGUCGGGGUGCUGAUGGGAGCCAACGUCGCCAACGAGGUUGCGGCGGGAGAAUUUUGCGAGGCCACCUUGGGCAUCAAGGACAAGAAGCACCAGAAUACCCUGGUGAAGCUGUUUGACUGCAAAACUUUCCGAGUGACUGCAGUCGACGAUAUCCCAGGUGUUGAGCUGUGUGGUGCUCUGAAGAACGUCGUAGCGCUAGGAGCAGGCUUCUGCGAUGGCCUGGAGUACGGUGGCAACACCAAGGCAGCCCUGAUCCGGAUCGGCCUGCAGGAAAUGAAGACAUUCAUCCGCUACUUCUAUCCCGAGGUGAAGGACUCCACCUUCCUGGAAAGCUGCGGCGUCGCAGACUUGAUCACGACCUGCUUCGGUGGCAGGAAUCGAAAGUGCGCAGAAGCCUUCGUCAAGGCGAAGGGUACCAAGAGCUGGGACCAGAUUGAGAAGGAGCUGCUUGGAGGUCAAAAGCUCCAAGGCACUCUGACAGCCCAGGAGAUCUGGCCUGUGAUGCAGAAGCACAACCUGUGCGACAAGCUGCCCAUGCUUACUACCAUCUACCAGAUUGCCUUCGAAGACAGGGCGCCCUGGGCCAUUGUGAAGCUGCCGUCUGGCAUGCCCACAUCGGCCUUCCAUGAGGACGACGGCUUCUUUGAGAAGAAAUAA